UCUUCUGUACUGUACCACUGAUGGACUUUUUCACACCUUGAUUCUGCUUCUUCUUUUUUCCUCUCCUCUGUGUGUGUCGCUUUCCCUGAAUGAACUAGGAUGUUCAUGGCCUCCACACUAUGUCUUCUCAAACCUUCAUUUCUUCCCCAAAAGCCACACCAUGCACCCCAAAAGCUUCAUCCACUUCCCCCCAUCUCUGCAAGAUUGAAGAACAUCCCAAAAGAUCCUCCCAACCCACAAAAAUUAUUGGAUCAUCAUAAUAGCAAUAUUCUCAAAAGUGCUUCUCUUUCCCUCACAGCAAUCACAUUUCCAUUCUUAUUAGAACAAAAGGAUGCACUUGCUGUUGGUGGAGAGUUUGGGAUAUUGGAGGGAAGAACAUUUGCUCUUAUACACCCCAUUGUGAUGGGUUCUUUGUUCUUGUAUACCUUGUGGGCAGGAUAUUUGGGGUGGCAAUGGCGGCGAGUAAGGACUAUACAGAAUGAGAUUAAUGAGCUCAAGAAACAAGUGAAACCUACCCAAGUUACCCCACAAGGUAAACCACUGGAAGCACCACCAUCACAAAUUGAACUCAAAAUUCAGCAACUUACUGAGGAGAGGAAAGAGCUACUCAAAGGGUCUUACAGGGAUAGACACUACAAUGCAGGAUCCAUACUUUUAGGAUUUGGGGUGCUUGAGGCUGUUGGUGGAGGACUGAACACAUGGUUUAGGACAGGAAAGUUAUUUCCAAGUCCACAUCUGUUUGCAGGAAUAGCUAUUGCAGUAUCAUGGGCACUUGCAGCAGCACUAGUACCAUCAAUGCAGAAAGGGAGUGAAACAGCAAGAAGCCUUCACAUUGCUUUGAAUACGUUAAACGUAUUGCUCUUUGUGUCUCAGAUUCCCACUGGAUUUGACAUUUUGUUGAGAGUGUUUGAGUUCACAAAAUGGCCUUGAUUGUUCUCUUUCAAUUUGGUUUUGGCUCUCUCUUUUUUGGCAACUCCAAAUCCCCCCAAUUUCCCUUUUUACCAUCACACACCCCCUUUUUUUCUUUUUCGAUUAAGAUGCAGAAAUGUGCUUAAUGAAAGUGAACAAUCAGAUGAACAUAAAUGUGGUUGUAAUAGACAUGCCAUAACGUAGUGAAAUUCAGAUUCCUAAAA